UUAGAACCGAAGCCGUUGGCAUCUUCCUGGUCACGCGAGGGCGCUGUCUCGAGCGCGGCUCCAUCCUGUCCAGCAGCUCCGUUGCCUACGUCACCACAUUCCACCGAAUGCGAUGGAACAGCGUGUAAAAGCGUGAAGGUGUCUCACAAAACACGGCCAGAAACAUAUGCAAGAUGAGGGAAGCGGCUGUCCUGCUCACACCGUGUGUGGUUCUGUCUCUUCUCCUGAGCUUCAGCCUGGCAGCCAGGCAAGGACAGGACAUCAGAUGUGGAGCCUGCAGGGCUCUGGUAGAUGAGAUGGAGUGGGCCAUCUCCCAAGUAGAUCCAAAGAAAAUGAUCCAGACGGGAUCCUACAGGAUCAACCCGGACGGCAGCCAGUCCAUCAGAGAGGUUCCUCUGGCUCGCUCAGAGGGAAACCUCCUUGAGCUGAUGGAGAUUGUGUGUGAGAGCAUGGCGGACUACGGUGAACGCACAGAUUCUUCCACAAACAGGAAGUCCUAUAUUAGGAUAAAGUCUCGGCGCGGUGAGGCCAUGGACCUCUCAGAGGCCACGCUGGAUUCAAGAGUUACAGGCAGCUUAAAAUUCGCAUGUGAAACAAUUGUUGAACAGCAUGAAGAUGAAGUCAUUGAAUACUUCGCUCACGAGACAGAUUAUGUCAAAGACAAACUCUGCAGCAAGAGGACAGACCUCUGUGACCACGCUCUGGAAAUCCACCACGACGAACUUUGAUAUCCUUUCACCAGCGCUGCUGUUUGUGUGCCGUAAUGUUUUCAGUUGUCUCUUAUCACCGGUUUACAACAUGGCCGUGGUGGUAGAUUACAAAUUAUUAUGUAAUAUAAUUAGAAAUCCACCUAAAAAUAAAAGUGUUAUUUCUGUGAUCUUUGACAAUUUAAGGACCAGUUUAUAAUUUUUUAGCCGAACCACUUUGGACUAUCAUGUCACUCUAAAUUAUUAUACUUUUUAUUAUUCUGUGUUUUAUAUAAACAAUGUCUUUCGUCCAAAUGCUCUUCAUCAGAUAAAACUGAAACUAUGAAACUGCAAAAAUGAAGUUAUACUUGUACAGGAUUUCUCACAGGAUUAAUUGUACAUUAAGCAUUCUUAAUUUAACACAAGUACAGAGAUCAGGUUGAAUUUUGGUCAAGUGGUCCUUUAGUACAUAUUGCUUUACACUGAUGAAGCCAGGAAGAAGUGCAUUGAUGCCAUUAGUAUUUUUAUUUAUAAUGAAUGGACAUCCAUACUGCCCGCUCACCAAUGAAAGUGUCAUCUGAUGCCAAAUUACAUUUUUAGUUCUAGCUUUAAGCUUAAUAUUUAUUGAAUUGUCCAAGAUCACAGGAAUAACUUAUUUUGGUUCAAUAUUCAAUUUAGGUAAAACUCUUAAAGAUCAGAAAUGAAGAUGAUUUGAGGGGAAUUAGUUUCACUAUUGUCCAAAUGACAGAAUGUGCCUUUAUUGCUGAACAAAUGUAUUUUCACACUCUUCAGAGAUUGAGCCCCUUGGUAUUGAUACUUUUGAUUUGAAAUGUAUUGAGAGUUCAGAAAACAUAUAAAAUGUUGCUGCUCGGGUUUGCAGGUUGGAAAUGUCCUCAUGAAUUGAGCACACAGUUUCCACUAGAGAAAUUGGCAACUGAAGAUUAAUUCAAAUGACAGCAAAGUCAAAAAAGAAAAUUAAGGAAGAAAUGAUGAGUUCAAGCGUCUUUGUAGCCGAUACACUUUAAAACAGUCCCAAGGACAACAAAGUAGUAUGGGUUAAUGUUAACAGUAAGUAUGUCUAAAGAGGUCUUUCCCUCCUUGCUGCCCUUCUGAUCCAGAGCAGAAAAAUAUAUUUAUACCAAAAAGAAAGUAUAGAAUAGUUUAUAGCUUUAGGAGCUAGCGAAUGACACCUCUUCUUUUCAUUAAACACCUCAGUACCCAGCUGCAAUUCCUUUAAAUGAGCCUCGUGAGUAAAGUUGUGUUUCCUUCAGUCUCGUCAAACUGAACUAUAAUGUAACACCACUAGAGUGCGCUGUAGUCCACAAUCUGAUAGUUGAGUCUAAAUGUAAAAAUCAUACUCAGUUAGAAAGUCUUCAUGGUGUACUGUCGAUGUAGAGUAAAAGUAUUUUUGGUAUCAUUUAUUUUUCAAUGUUUGAAAAAUAAAUGAAGUUGUGAACAUUCUUCUGAUAUUUUCUUUUUUAUAUAUAAAUUUUGUAAGUUCUCUG